CCGCGCGACGCGCUGACCCGCGUAGUUUUCCACACCUUUUUUUUCCCCGCCAUGUACGUCGCCAUCCAAGCCGUCCUCUCCCUCUACGCCUCCGGCCGCACAACCGGCAUCGUCCUUGACUCUGGGGACGGCGUCACCCACAACGUGCCCAUCUACGAGGGCUACGCUCUGCCCCACGCCAUCAUGCGUCUUGACUUGGCCGGCCGCGACCUCACUGACUACCUCAUGAAGAUCCUCACCGAGAGGGGCUACUCCUUCGUCACCACCGCCGAGCGGGAAAUCGUGCGUGACAUCAAGGAGAAGCUCUGCUAUGUGGCCCUCGACUUUGAGAACGAGAUGGCCACAGCCGCCUCCUCCUCCUCGCUGGAGAAGAGCUAUGAGCUCCCCGACGGGCAGGUCAUCACCAUCGGGAACGAGCGUUUCCGCUGCCCUGAGACCCUCUUCCAACCCUCCUUCAUUGGCAUGGAGUCAGCUGGCAUCCACGAGACGACCUACAACUCCAUCAUGAAGUGCGACAUCGACAUCCGCAAGGACCUCUAUGCUAACAACGUGUUGUCCGGCGGCACCACCAUGUACCCCGGCAUCGCCGACCGCAUGCAGAAGGAAAUCACGGCGCUGGCUCCCAGCACCAUGAAGAUCAAAAUCAUCGCCCCGCCGGAGCGGAAGUACUCGGUGUGGAUCGGUGGCUCCAUCCUGGCGUCC